AUGCUUCUUCAGAGAGUUAUCGAUAACAUCCGGAAGAAGGAAGGGGAAUUCGAAGUAGUGGAAAAGAUCGUCCAAGUGUCUAUGAACAGGCAUCACUAUCAGCCGCAAGCUACUCUUGUGAUUGGAAGUUGCAGAUGGAGAAACGAGCGUGUGGAUGAUUUUGUUGAUUCUCUCACUAGCUUUGGUUCUAGAAGUGUUGUCCUGAAACUGAAACCAGGAAAGCAGUUAUUUAAUCUCUGGAUCAAAUCUGAAAUGUCAUACGUGACACAGAUUCUCUCUGAUGGUGCCCUGUGUGUUGGAACACUGGAAGAAAUAUAUCCUCUCAUGGCAGAAGAAUCACGUUCACUAGAAAAAAUGGCGAAAGCUGUGACUAAAUGUUUCGAAACGAUGGUGAAAUCAUUUGGAAAACCUGAAUUUCAAGCAAGAUUGAGGGAAUACUAUUCCUCCUACAAACCUCAGAGCGAUUUGGAUAAAUACGAGCUGAAGAUGAUUCACGAAGCAUUCUAUGACGAGCUCAAGAAAUUGGUAACCAUCAAUAUGGGGGAAGAUGAAUUGGAAGCUCUGAAAAUUGGUUUCAGGGAAGUGCAGUUUCCUACAAGAGAGCAGACAGGCGAGUUGACGGAAUUUUGCUACCCCAUUCAUCAAGAAGACAUGAAGUACGUUAAGAUAAUGGAGAAGGCUGCUUUAACAAUACAAUCAUUCUUCAGAAGUUGGUAUGUAAGAGCGCUCUUGAAGCGACAUAAAACUUCCAACAAACAUUACAAGAAAACUGGUGAAUGCUUGCAAAGGAUUUAUUAUACCCUCUUUUCUGAAAAAGGUGGUUUAAACUUAGGUACUACGUUGCUGAGAAAUUUCCUCAAUAACGAAAAUAUAUAUGACUUCCGAAAAAAAUAUCAAUGCUACGAAGAUAAUCGCAAUACUAUAGCACUCUAUCCGAUUCCGAACGUUGCAAGAAGUGCUCAAAAAGGAUGGAUCGUUUUACGUAGGCAAGUUUUCUUUGUGAACUCGUAUAUGCCAUUGUUGAUCAGAAUCAAGCUCUUUUGUGAUUUGAGCAACUACAUAGUCAGAGCUUUCAAUAAUGAUACCGGAUAUGAAGUUAAAAUUUUCACCAACAAUGUUGUAGUAGCUGAGUACCCCCACAACUGCAAUGGAUAUACUAUCCUUUGCUAUGGUUGGACCACAACGUUAGAUUCAGUAGUAUUCAAGCUGGCUUUAGCCACAAACAGGGUAUCCAUUGCAGAUUCAGUGUCAUUUCCCAGUGUUCUCACGAAAACCGAAAUUCUUAAAGGGCAUUAUAUCCCAAACACGAAAGGACGUAUUUGUAAAUAUCGGAUUAUGGUGAGAUCUGAGUUUGUUUUAUUGACAAUUCACUUCACAACGGAUUACCCGGAAGCGAAAGUCUUGCUGAGGCUUCAACAUCGAAAGGGAACGGUGGUCCAAGAAAUUUCCGGAAUAGGAGGUUGCUUAGUACCAUCAGUUAUGUUGGAAAAUCUGGUGGAAGGUACUUACAGAAAAAUGGGAUACACUGAGUCUAUGAAGUCCAUGGACAAGAAAAUCUCUAGAUCCAAGUUCGCCAAAGUUACACAUCGAGCCAGAAAAACUAGCGUCGCCGGUAAAAAUGGAAUGGAAACUAUUAUACCAGACAUAUACUACAUUGAAGCCUUCGUAGUUGAAGAUUCCUGGCCAUUGUCUGCCAAUGAGUGGCAAGUUGUUGAAAAACUAAAAAAAGAUUUGCUUCUAGGUGAUCCAUUGGGUGGAGAAGGGCAUCAUAAACGAAAUGAUAGCAAAAGUCCUACCUGGGCCAUGGAGAUGAUUUUUAACGCAGGCGAUUCUGUGGCGUUUUUGAAAGACGAUAGACAAGAAUUAGAUGUGAAAAUGAAGAAAAUGAGUUGGUACGAGAAGGAUAGUUCGAGGUAUCAGAGAUCGCAGGAUCUUAGGAAUAAUUUCUUGGAAGAAAAUAAGGUUCCCAAUCCUGAUUUCUGUGAAAGUUUGACAGAAAGGAGUUUGAAUCCAAAUAUUUUCCAAUCAGAAAUUAUUGAACCGUACGAUAUAACCAAAUAUUUGUUAGUACCUGUUGAUAGUAUAGGGAGGUUUGAAAGGAAAUUGAAGACUGCCGAAGAUCUGGAAAAGGAUUCAACCAAUGAGUUUAAUCGUAUGGUAGAAUUCACAGAUCGUCAAACGAAAUAUUUAGCUGAAUUGGAACAACUCUGUGAAAAACAAGUUGAGAACUUCAAUACAGUGCAAAACUGGUACAAUGGUAGUAUUCCAAAAUAUCAUUUCAUAUUACAAUUUUUGCCAGUGAUCUUGCAUGAACUUAUAAAAUAGAUGAAAUUUU